GGCGGGGCCAGCUGCCGGCGGGCGGGGCGGCGCAGCAGCGCUCCGAUGGCGGUGAGCCGGGCGCUCGCCCUGCGCCUGGCCUACGCGGCGGCCGGCGCCCUCAUGGGCCUCUCGGCCUUCUUCACCUGGAGCCUGGCGCCGGCCUUUCGACAGCCCGCCACGGCGGCGGCGGGGGGGCUCUCGGGUGUUCUGGCGCUCUGGGCCCUAAUCACGCAUGUGAUGUAUGUGCAGGAUUACUGGAGGACCUGGUUAAAAGGGCUGAGGUUCUUCCUCUUCAUCGGGAUCCUCUUCUCAGCUCUCUCAGUGGUGGGAUUCUGCACAUUCCUGGUUCUGGCCAUCACCAAGCACCAGUCCCUGACUGAUCCCAGAAGCUACUACCUGUCGUGCGUCUGGAGUUUCAUCUCCUUGAAAUGGGCCUUCCUGCUCAGUUUGUACGCUUACCGGUACAGGAAUGAGUUUGCAGACAUCAGUAUCCUCAGUGACUUCUAACGCUUGGACUUCAACCCUGUCUGAAGGUGCUGGAUGUUUGAAUUGCCCUCCAGAGGCAUGGUACAUGCAAGAGAUGUAUGAGAGGUGGAGAAGGAACCCACCCAGUGCUGCUUGGUUUGUCUGUCUGCAGUAGGGGUUUUUCCUAAUUGCUUUUACUCAACCAUUUAAAGUUUGGCUAAUGAUGUCAAUCUAGUCUUUCUGUAACUUCCCUGGGAGUCCUGUGUCUGGUAGUGAGGUGAAAGACUCCACGUGCUUACACGCAGCAGGCCUAGAUCCACUCUUUGUGUUGCCCCGAAAUCCAGGGGAGCUUUCAAGUGGGGAGGAAGUCCUGGGCCCUCGGGGUUGGUACCUCGCGGACGCAGCACCCCGACAUCUUGUCCUCACGAGCGCAUCCCCAGCCUGCUUCAGGUGGGUGCCCCAGAUGCGGGUAGCAAAGAACCCUACUGUGUGAAAGUCAGCUCCUUUUGCACUGCCCUGCUCCUCAGAGGAAGGGAGAGAUGAGCCCUUCCUUGUGGCAGAAGGCCCUACCUACCUCCCAGCCAAUACCCCGCAUCCUCCAGGAUUUUCCUUUUACACUCUGUACACCAGGUCAGCUCACUCCUGGGGUCUGGAGGAGCCUGGAGGGAUGGGCCAGCAGCAGAGAAGCACUAGUCAUCUCAAGGCUCUGUCAGAGGUGGAGAGCGCUGUUUCUGGCUGCUUUUAACAAGGAACUUAAUACCAUAUUUAAUGCUCAAAUUUAUAGCAUGUAGAAUCACGUGUUUGGGUGAAAGAUGCGCUGGGCAAAGGCAUAAACCCCUGGAGAAACAUGAAUAUGAUUCUCAAAAAAAAAAAAAAAAUCAUCUUUUUGUAGGCAGUAGCAUUUCCUUUUCUUUGCUCAGCUUCCCUGUAACAGUCAGCAGGACGAGAGAAGGG